CUCUCUCUCUCUCUACCACACACAAACACAACAUGCAAACAUCCUCACUCAUCACCUGCAUAUCUUCAAGCGACAGUGCGUGCUUAGAGGAUGACUCAUUGGAAGACGAAGACUUUGUCCUCCUCUCUCUCGGCCCGCCUGGUCAGCAUCACCACCACCACAUCUCUAAGCACCCUUCGUAUCAUCAUCAUCACUCGAUCCCAAAGCUGGGUCAGAACGAAGACAAGUCGUUGCCAUCAGCAACAACUACGACUGCUAAUGAUCAUCGUCACCAGGAUCAGAGCGUGACGGUGGCUCUUCAUAUUGGCCUGCCAACGAGCGGAGUGUGCACAAACCCUAAUCUCAUCGAUGGGAAGUACUGGAUUCCUUCCCCUGCCCAGAUCCUUGUCGGCCCGACCCAGUUCUCUUGCCCUGUCUGCAGCAAAACCUUCAAUAGAUACAACAACAUGCAGAUGCACAUGUGGGGACACGGGUCGCAGUACCGGAAGGGACCCGACUCGCUGAAGGGCACAAAGCCGGCAUCGUCUAUGCUGAGGCUGCCGUGCUACUGCUGCGCCCAGGGCUGCAGGAACAACAUCGACCACCCAAGGUCAAGGCCGCUCAAGGACUUCCGGACACUUCAGACACACUACAAGCGCAAGCAUGGGGCGAAGCCCUUCGCGUGCCGCAAGUGCUCGAAGCCCUUCGCGGUGCGUGGGGACUGGAGGACCCAUGAGAAGAACUGCGGCAAGCUGUGGUUCUGCAUCUGCGGCUCCGACUUCAAGCACAAGAGGUCACUCAAGGACCACGUUCGCGCAUUCGGGGAUGGUCAUGCCCCUCACACCGUGGAGGUGUGCGAGCUCGAAGAGGAGGAGGAGGAGGAAGAAGAGGAUGAUGGAGCUAUAGAAGACCAUUAUCAUAGGAUAGUUCAAGGUUCUGGUUACUUUUAUUAGAAAAGAAUGUGGGUUUUUUUGUUGUAAUUAGAGUAGUCAGGGUGUGUAUUACUGUUUCUAUCUAAAGGGAAGUAGGGGGAGGGCGAGAGAGAGAGGAUCUAUGAAGAUGAACAGUAUCCAAAGAGUGUUUUGAAAGCAAUUAAUGAUG